AGGACAACACCACCCAUGUAUGCUUCCUGUUUUUUCUCCCCCUGAGUGUAGUUUAGCUCAGUGGCUAAGUCACACCAUCUGCCCUGUCUGACUAAUCAGAUGUUUGCUCUCUUUUCCAAACAACAUGUUUUCGAGGUCUCCAGUCUUCCCAAACAAACAUGGGCAAGUUAAUGGUUUAUUCCACCAGCACAUUGUACCCCAAACCUGCCCCAAACCACAGCAACCACCUGAAACCCAUCUUAAUCUAAAUAACACCAACUUUCAUGGCCAACCUUUGAAUAUAUUCCCUCAUAUCCCAAUAUACCAGUGGAAAGCUGCGCCGGAAAUUUCUCGCACCAAUUCAAAUGGAUCCAGGAAAAGGAAAAGUGAUGGGAACAGUCAGCAUGACCAGAAGAGACAGCGCUUCAGUUCCUCCCAUCCAUAUGGACAUCCGGUUAAAAUGGGUUCAUUUAGCCCCGUGCCUCAGGACAAGUGUGGAAAAACCAGUGGGUUUUUGAGGGAGACAUGCUCUCCUAUUCACUUUCCUGUGCAUCCUUUGGUCACGUCUAAACCACACUGCAGCGUGCCAUUACCCAGACAGGAGGCAAUUCCUACCCAGACAAAUCAAAAUUCCUUGCCAUCAUAUGUCAUCAAAGAUAAGCUGAGCCAGCAGAUCCUGGAUCUGUUCCACACUUGUGAGCAGCAGAGUGAGGACUUGGAGAAGAAAGAGUUCUGUCGUGCGCAGUUGCAGAUAGACAUUCGGCGACUCUUUCCAUGUGCGAGGAUCUUCCUGGCAGGUUCGUCUCUGAAUGGUUUCGGCAGUCGGACCAGCGAUGCCGAUUUGUGUCUUGUUAUUCAAGAGGGUCCAAUAAAUCAAAAAACUGAUGCAGUGUACAUACUCAGUCUUGUGCAAAGGCUGUUUUACAAACUAUCUUACAUAGAGAGACCUCAGCUCAUCCGGGCAAAAGUGCCAAUAUUAAAGUUCAAGGACCGAGUCAGUGGUGUGGAGUUUGAUUUAAAUGUUAACAACACCGUGGGAAUCAGAAACACAUUCCUGCUGCGGACGUACGCAUACCUGGAAAAGCGUGUUCGUCCCAUGAUCCUAGCGAUCAAGAAGUGGGCUAGUCAUCACAGGAUUAAUGAUGCAAGCCGUGGAACCCUGAGCAGCUACACACUGGUCCUAAUGGUCCUACAUUACCUCCAAACUCUUCCAGAUCCUGUCAUUCCUUGCCUUCAAAUGGAUUAUCCAGAGUGUUUCAGCCCUGUGAUGGAUAUUCAUCUUGUACCUGACGGCCCCAAGAACAUUCCUCCUUUUGUGUCGAAAAACCAGUCAUCUCUUGGAGAGUUGCUCCUUGGCUUCCUGAAAUACUACGCCACAGUUUUCAAAUGGGACAAAAACAUUAUCUCUGUUCGUGAAGCAAAAGCUCUGCCAAAGGCAAACUGCUGGGAAUGGAGAAGCAAGUUUCUUUACGUGGAGGAACCGUUUGAUGGCUCAAACACAGCCAGAGCAGUUCAUGAGAAAAUCAAAUUUGAUGCCAUCAAAGCAGUAUUCACAGAGUCCUGGCAGGUGCUGCAAGUGAGAAAAGAUCUGAACUGCAUUUUACCCAUCAGAGAGACAAUUCCGAAAAGAUAACCCAAGCCCUUUAUGAACCUUUUCAUUCAGAGUGCUGAUCCAGCUUGUGUGAUCUUUACGUACGACUGCCAUCUUGAAUCAUCUUUCUUUCUACCACUUCUACCUUGGACCUGUCUGCAUUUUAAUCAGUGGAUAAAGAAUUGUCUGUUCUUUGUUUGGUUGAACAGACGUAGAGUUUGUGGUUUGGGCAGCACUGCGAUGCUCGCUACAACUUCCUUACUCUUGAAGCACAAACAGCCAAAGUCUCUCGUGAGCUUGAGACGUGUGUAUAGAUGAGAUUGUGUUCUUAAUGGCAUAAUAAUCAGGUUCUCUUGCCAAACAGCUCAUGUUUAAUUACUCUGUUCUGUAUUUCUACAGUGAAAUAUAAUUAGUACCUGAUCUCUGAUUUAAUGCCUAUUUCUGACACUUUAAUUAAUAUCCGACUUCUCAAAACCAAGCAUUUGAAAAUAAGUAAUUGGUGUAUGUUGGAUUCUCCUGACUAUUCCUGUCACUUCUUGUACAUUUUGUACAGACUUUUUAAUGACUAUUUAAAGAAUUAAAAUUUCCUAAUUUAAAUGUUA